AAUACCCAUCAUUCUCUUUUUACCAUAAUGAUUUGUUGAGAAAAAAAAAAAAAGUUACUUUAUCAUCAGUGCUUGUAUCAGCUGAUAAAAUAAAUACACGUCAGAACGUCACACGUGUCUUCUCGCUGUCAGCACAUUAAAUUGAAACUAAAUUAAUUUCAAUAUCAAACGACAAAUUAAUAAUAAUAUCCAUCUAUUAUUUAUAAAGAAUAAAAUCUCACUCUAAAUGCCAACAAUAAUAUUACAACAAUGGUUCUCAUUUGUUGUCUAAUGCUUGCAAUAGGUACUCUGGUGUCAUCAAUAUGUCUACUAAUAUCAUCAAUAAUACUUUUAUCAUUUUUAUUAUUAAUAUUAUUUCCCAUGUUGAUAAUAUUCUUGCGACAAUUAUUAGCAUAUAAAAAAAAUUUAAACAAACCAAUCAACACAACAACAAUUGGUAUAUUUCAUCCAUAUUGUAAUGCUGGUGGAGGUGGUGAACGUGUACUUUGGAAAUCAAUUGAAUCACUACAAAAAAAAUAUAAAAAUAUAAAAAUUUAUGUUUAUACUGGUGAUGUUGAUGUUAAACCAGAUGAAAUGUUAAAAAAAGUAAAAGACACAUUUGAUAUUAAUCUAGAUAAAAUUGAUUUUAUAUAUUUAACAAGAAGAAAAUGGGUUGAGGCAUAUAUGUAUCCAAGAUUAACAUUACUAGCUCAAAGUAUUGGCUCAAUGUAUCUUGGUUUUGAAGCACUAUAUGCAUUUCAACCUGAUAUUUUCAUUGACACAAUGGGAUAUGCAUUUACCUAUCCAUUAUUUAAAUAUCUUGCUGGAUCAAAAGUUGUAUCAUACACUCAUUAUCCAACAAUAUCAACAGAUAUGUUACAACAAGUACAACAAAGAAUUGUUGCUCAUAAUAAUCAUCAAACAAUUGCUAAUAAUCCAAUUUUAUCACGUGUUAAAAUUAUUUAUUAUCAAUUAUUUUCUGUAUUGUAUGGUUACAUGGGUAGAUGUGCUGAUAUUGUUAUGGUUAAUUCAACUUGGACUGAGGAACAUAUCAACAAUAUUUGGAAGUGUCCAGUUAAAACAUUUAGAGUAUAUCCACCAUGUGAUAUUGAGCAUCUUGUCAAGUUACCACUUGAUGAUGAUGAUGAUAAAACAAAUGAAUCAAUUCGUAUUGUUUCAGUUGCACAAUUUAGACCAGAAAAAAAUCAUAAACUUAUGAUUAAUGUAUUACGUGAAGUUAGAGAUAUUGUUGAUGAUAAUGUUUGGAAAAAAAUACGACUGGUACUUGUUGGUUCUUGUCGUAAUGAUGAUGAUAAAAUGAGAGUUGAUGAAUUAAAAGAAUUAUCAAAAACAUUGGGGAUUGAUGGUAAUGUUGAAUUUAAAUUAAAUGUUACAUAUGACGAGUUGAUUGAUGAAUUUAAAAAAGGAACAAUUGGAUUACAUGCAAUGUGGAAUGAACAUUUUGGUAUUAGUGUUGUUGAAUGUAUGGCUGCUGGAUUAAUAACAAUUGCUAAUAAUUCUGGUGGUCCUAGAGCUGAUAUUGUUAAAACGGAAUUUGAUAAUCGAACUGGAUUUUUAGCUAGUGCUGUUAUUGAGUAUGCUACUAUUAUUGCUGAUGUUAUUCAUAUGAAUUAUGAUGAAAAAAAUAUUAUUAGAAAUUCAGCUAGACUUGAUGUUGACAGAUUUUCAAGUAAAACAUUUGAAAAAGAAUUUAUUCGUGUUAUUGAGCCAUUAUUUUAAUUUAUAAAAAUUAUGUUUGACUUUUUUCUUUUAAUAAUAAAGAAAGAUUUUUUUAAUUUAGA